CGCGUCGUACUGAUAUCUCACGUUUGUCUGAAGGGUAAUAAAAUAUUAAAGUAAAUCAGUGCCAGUUUGAGCUUUAUGAUUCAUGGGUUCAUUUUAAACUGUAGGCCUGUGUGCGAUAGUCGUCCGAGCGUGGUGACGGAAUUAAUUAAAUAAUGGAUCAAGUAUUUGAAUUUAAACCGGAUACGAAACAGUUUAUAAGAAAACAAUAUGAUUUAGAUAAACAAGAGAGAAUCGAGGAGGCCAUAAUAAUUUUAAGGGAUUGGCUGAAUAAACAAGCUCAUAUGGUUAGGAAAGAAUAUUCAAAUGAAUAUCUGGAGAAGAUUAUAAUUCACAGUAAAGGUUCCGUGGAAAGGGCAAAGAUGAAAUUGGACAAAAUCGCAACAUAUCGAUCUCUGUUACCACAGUUUUUCGAACCAUUAUCUGAUCCCGCAAAAUUACCCAUGUUGGACAAUGUGCUUUCUGGAUUUCUACCGAAACUCACUAAGGACCAUUACAGGGUGUUUAUGAUGAAAAUUUUGACCAAAAAGUUUGAGACAGGAUUUUUUGAUUACUAUAGAUACUUUGUUAUGAUUUGCGAGUAUCUACUAGCUCAAGAUUAUUGUAACGGCAUUUUGGUAGUGAUCGAUUACACAGAAACAAAAAUUGUUGAAGUUAUAAAAGCCAUAAAUAUUAUGGAGAUGCACCAAGGUGUCGCAAUCAUAAUGGAUGGAUUUGGCAUGAGAAUAAAAGGCAUACAUAUCAUAACACAGUCGAAAGCUAUAGAUACUUUGAUCACAUUGUUUAAACAGGUAUUGAGUGCCAAAGUUGCUGAAAGAAUUCAAGUCCAUUUUAGCGUUGAUGACUUACAGGAAUACAUACCCAAAGAAAUUCUGCCACGGGAUUAUGGCGGCCAGGCUAAAUCGUUAUCUGAAUUUGCUUGUGUUUUAAAAUCAACAAUAGGAUCCGAAAAUAAUAUGAAAUAUUUGAAAGAGAUGCAAAACGCUCGCAUCGAUGAAAACUACAGGCGUGAGGACAAACUCAACGAUCAGUACUUGGGAAUACCAGGGUCAUUCCGGAAGCUAAAUGUAGAUUAAGUAAAUAAAAUCUAGUCAUUUUAAGAUCGUCGCAAAUUCUUUUUGGCUUUGGCGUCAUAGGCAAACAAGUAUUGCCACGACUUUGGCAGUAAUAAAAUAAUUAUUUAUUAGAUAGAUAGUUAAAUCAAUUUAUGAAAGUCAUUAUCCAGUGGUCUUCCAUUUGAUUUUAUUUGUUUUCAUGAACCCAACUUAAGUACAUAAUGGUAUAUAAUGGUAUAUGGAGUCAGAUUACAUGAAUCUCUUUCCAUUUACAUUGGGGGGGGGGGGGAUGUUACACUAUCAAUACCUGGUAUCGCAGGAUUUUAAGAACAUUCGGAUACAUUACAUACAUUCAUACUGUCAAUACCUACUAUGAAUAUUUCCUCUACACAGGAUCACGAUAUCGCAUAUGCGUGGUAAUAUUGAUUGUGUAAUAGGCCCCAUAGUAUUCUGAAGAUUUUUGUACUGAGAAUAAUUUAUCAUGAAUAUCCUACUGUACGAUAGAUACCGGCGUAAAGGUUUAGUAACUUUAUAGGUAAAGAGUAAAGAUUGAAAUGUAUAUGUAUUCGGUAUCUGGGUGGAUUACUGGUGCUGGCAGUUGGAAUACUCAAGUAGGAAUAAAUAGUACCUAU